AAGUUGUAGCUAUGCAAAGCGUAGCAGAUAGAUAAGAUCAUCAAAAGAACAACCACAUGAUUGUAUUCAUCAGCUCAACAUAACACUUUGAAAUAGCAUCACACAGAUCAGAUGUCACUCCUCCAACUCCAACUCACUUCUCAUGCAUUACGCUCUGUCUCUUCCCAUAACUUCAGACCCCUCUAUUCAUCUAAGCGUGUCAGCUAUGUAAGAACCAAAAUUAGAGCUGUUGGCACAGUCCCUGAUGAGAAGGACUCUGAUUCAGACAUCACCACUGACCCCGAUGAGCCACCUUAUGUCGGCCUCGUAUUUGUUAGUUCUGUAUUGCUACCAGAUGGAACACCAGAUAUGCACUUUCGUUCUGCUUGUGGAGGCCAGAGGCUUAGGAAGAUAAUGCUCGAUUCCAAUGUUGACCUCUAUGGACCCUAUGCCAGACCUUUGUUAAAUUGUGGAGGAGGUGGAACUUGUGGCACAUGUAUGGUGGAGGUUCUUGAAGGCAAGGAGCUUCUAAACCCUCGCACUGAUAAAGAGAAAAAAAUACUAAAGAAGAAACCAAAGAAUUGGAGAUUAGCAUGUCAAACAACUGUUGGUAAACCAGAUUCCAGAGGAGCGGUUGUGAUUCAACAACUACCAGAGUGGAAAGGACACGAAUGGAAAUAUGCAAAGCCUGGAGAGUCGGACUGGGAGUCGGAGUAAAGGAAAUGAUAUAUAUAUAAAACGAAUUUCUUCCAAUGACAUUUUUGUUUUCGCUUCAUUGCAAACCAUGAAGAAAGCCUUGGAUACCUGCAAUUCGAACAUAGGAGAUAUAUUCUGUUUUCUUAGACUUCAGAGGCACUUCAAGAAGAAAAAAAAUAUGGAAAAUAUUGUAAAGCUCAUUUGCCUUUUUACGUUCCUUAAUUUUUAGUGGGAUCCACUAAUUAUAAAUUAUUUAGAUAAGUUAA